CCCCUUUCCUUUUGCCUCUUCUGCAAUCAUCUCCAUCUUUAUCUCCGAUUCCUUCUCCAUCGCCUCUCAUCUCCAUCGACUCCUCUGAAUCCUCCGAUUCCACUGCAAUUCAUCUUCUCCGUCGACGGUGACCCCUGCUUUUUUUCACUUCUUCUGCAAUCAUCUCCAUUGAUUCCUCCAAUUCCUCCCAUUUUUCAAAUGUAAUCCCACGCCAGUGGCUUAAUCCCCAACACCCACUACUUUAACCCCAUUAUGCUGCUGCAAUUCAUCAUCUCCGUCGAUUCUACCACUGCAAUUCAUCAUUCUUGCCUAGCUCUUCCUUUUUCGGCUUAACCCGAAAAAAAUUGAACUAUAUAUCACAUGAGCUAUCAUUUUGCAUCACAAAAUUUGAUACGAUUACGAUGACCGUGAGAAAGACCGUGACCGCCACCACCAUCACCACCGCUCAGAAUCCUCUGCAAAGCCCAGGACUGAAGCAGCCAUUAAAGCCGCUUCUGUAUCUCCAACAACAGCUACCGCAGACAAGAAGCAUAAGGGGAGCGUCUUCUCUCGCAUAUGCAGCUUCCAAUGGUUACUACGAUGAACAUAAGUCAUCAUCCUCUGCUGUUGCUGCCAAGGCUGUUUCCACCGGUGUAAAGAAGAGCAGUAGCAGUGCGAUAUAUUAUGAGUCUAGCGACGAUGAGCGGCAUUUCAAGAGGAAGCCUUCAAGGUAUGAAUCAUCGCUUCCACCAAUGGCUGAGAGGGAAGAUGAGCCACGGCACUCAAAGGGGUCUAGAGAACGAGAAUGAAGCGGCUAUAGUAAACACAGAUAGAAUGCAAAAUGCUGGCUCUGGUAAUGUAGCUGCACUGCUUGCUUCUGCUUUUUCUUUUCAUUUUUUUUUUAUUCUGGCUGCUGCUGCGUUUGCAUCCUUGGUGCAGAUGAAAAAUUGUUGGCAUAUACACAAGAAACCCACUGAUUUUUUGCAGUAAUGUCAGGUUUUUUUGCUGCCCCUGUUCAAGUAAUCUUCUUGGGUUUGUUUGUUAAUCACAGUAGUUGGGUUUCACUUCUUUUGGUUUUUUGGUGAACUCUAUGUUAUGAAAUUUUGACACGAUCUACUUGGAUUAAGGGUAAUUGGAUCUUGAUUUAACUUUGGAUAUGAUUCAUUAACCUCUUGAUUUUCUGUUGCAAAUGAUGUACUGUUAAAUUCAGUUCACUUGGUUUUGUACAGUUUCCAUUAUAAUCUGAUUGGUGUUUGUUUUUUAUGUUAUUGAAUUUUUAUGAUGAUGGGUUGCUUACUUGAGUAAAUGGGUAUGGGAAAA